AUGCCGAACCCGAAGUACCACUGGGAGCCCAGCGACAUUGUCGUGCGGGAGGACCAGCGCCUGCGGUUCGUCGCCUGGUGGAUACACCCAGACUUCCUCGACGAGCUCAGGAAGUGGGUCGGCGAGUGCAAUGUCCAACGGAGCCCAGCCAGUUGUGAUUCCUUUGCUGACUCCAGGCCACAGGCGUCUCGAGGAGCCGCCGCAGCCCUGGGGCAGGGCGCCAACGUAGGCUCCCCAGGCGACUUCGGCUACUCCGACGUGCAGAAGCCGGAGGGCUACCUGCACACGUACCGCGACCUGUGCCGCCCGGCGCACCUCGACAUGCUCGAGGCCCUCGUGGUCGGUGUGGGCUUGUUCCUGGAGCGGCUGCUCGGCGCGGCGCUGCCAGACGCGCGCCUGUCGGCGGGCUUCCACUACCCGGUGCGGCCGCAGUACAGCACGCUGCACCUGCAGCUCCGGAUCAACUCCGGCGACGCCCGCCGCCCGGGCGCCCCGCCGCGGGCGGUAUCUGAGCGCUUGGACGCUUUGCAGAGGCUUCUGAGCGCCUGGCCGCUUUGCCUGAGCGUUCUGCAGGGUCUCCCGAGCGCCUGA